AUGUUUCCGAAUGGGUACAUCACUUUGUGCUUUUCAACCUAUUUACUUAUCAUUUCCUUGGAGAUUUCUGUUGCAAGACCAUGGAAUAAUGGGCCUCAACAUAGUCACCAAGGCUUAGCGGAUUCGCUUUCACAUAAUGGGAGAACAUUUAUACAUGACAAAGGUGGGUUUUCUCCUACAAUAGGAGAACUACCAGUAUCUCCAAAGUUAUUGUGCCCAAAAGGAUAUGAUCUAGUAGGUGAGUCCUGUCUAUUUAUUCAAACUGUUCCUCCAAAUGUGGAAUGUCCAAGUAAUUACGAAAUAUCUAAAACAGAAAAUGGUAGAAUGGAGUGUAUUAUGAAGAUCUUGGCAGAUGCUCAGUUUGACUGUGCAAAUGGAUUACCACCAGUAUUUAUAGAUCGUGAAGUUUUUUGUCCAUCAGAAUUUUUUGAACAAGCUAAUUUUAAGUGCCCUGAUGGUUCAAUUAAAGAGAAUGACCAAUGUCUAAUACGAGAUUACAAACCUCCAAAUUUGACUUGCAUACCUGGUUAUUCAUUAGAUAAAGAUGGUAACUGUAAACAAGUUUUAGAAACUAAGCCUGAAUUCAAUUGUCCACCGAAUACUUUCUUUGAAGCAUCUACGAUGACUUGCAUAGUAAAAGUUAUUGUGGAACCUUUGGAAGUUUGCCCCCCAGGAGCUAUACCUGUAAAGUCAAGAGACUUAAGUGAUAUGAAGAGCUUACUUAAUAAACUAACUGAAGAUACAUCACCAGCUCCAUAUAGACAAUUACAACCAAUACCAACAGUUGGAUACCAACAUACUGGAAGAGAAGUGUAUAACGGAGGAGCUAUUCCAACAAUGGGGAGUAAUUCAGGUAGUUCGUCACUAAAUUAUAGUAGAUCAAAUGGUGGUGGAUCAAUUCCUACAAUGGGGAGUAACACAAGUAGUUCUUUAUCAACUUAUAGUGGACUAAAUAGUGGUGGAUCAAUUCCUACAAUAGGGAGUAAUUCAGGCAGUUCGUCAUCAACUUAUAGUGGAUCAAAUGGAGGUGGAUCAAAUGGAGGUGGAUCAACUGCUACAAUAGCGGAUAGUGCAGAUACCCCAUCAUCGAUUUAUGGAUCUCCUUUAACAAAUUCAGAUUCACAAUAUUAUAGAGGUCAAUCACAAAUAUCAUCUAACAAUGUUAAUGAUACAUUUUAUCAAGCCCUAUACAAUUCAACAUCAGGGUUAAGGAAUCAUGGAGUGUUAAAUGAAGCUUCAGUAGGAGAUGAGAUCAUUUGUUUAAUACUCCAAUUUGCAGAUCCUCACGUAGAAUGUCCUCCAGGUUUGGAACUGACAACAAACGGUACAUGCCAUCACUAUCAUAGUUUUGUUCCUCCCAAGGCCUGUGAGGGAGGUAUUGAACCUGAUAGUAAUAAUAUGUGUGUAUCAGAGAAAUUAUUACCAGCAGAAGUAGAAUGUCCCAAAGAUUAUACUUUAAAUAUUCUCAGUGGAAUGUGUGUAAAAAAAGAAGAGGCAGACCUUAUUUGUCCAGAAGGAACAACUUUGAACAGACAAACUCUUAAAUGUGAAGUAGAUCCUCAAUGUCCCGAGGAAUACAUAUUAAAUAAUUCAACAUUUAUUUGUGAAAAAGAGUCUCAAGUACCCCCUCAUCCUAAAUGUCCUCAAGGUACUGAUUAUGAUCAAAGCACUAAUUCUUGUAAAGCUAAGGAUGCUCAAUUGCCAUUAAUAAUGUGCCCAGAAGGCUAUGUUCAAGAAGGAGAGGCUUGUGUAUUAAAAAAGAGUGUUCCAGCAUCUUUCUACUGUCCCUUGGGAUAUUAUCAGACUAACACCAAUGUUUGUGUAAAGUGGUAUCAGGAUUAUAUGCUCCAAUGUCCACCUUUUUUGGAGUUAAGACAGAAUUCAUUUGCACUUAGACAGGACUUAAUACCUCCUCCAGGAGCAGGACGUGGUCCAGUACUACCUGUUCCACAGGGGACCAGUAUUGAAAGAAAACUUCAACAUGUCUCAUAUAGUGAAUCUUAUACACAACGAGAAUUUUUCCCAACUACGCAGAACCAACUUGCAGGAAAUAUACAGCAAACUAUAGAAGGGGCACUGGUAGGACACUCCAAGGUAUCUCGCAAACAAUUUGAAGCAUUGGGAUCAGGGACGCCUAUACUUAUCAAGAGCGAGAAGACUCGUGGUAUGGUCUGCUUUGGUUGGGGGAAAAGGUACAAAAUGAUUGUGAAUUGUCCUGAAGGGAAUAUUUUAGUGAAUGGCAAGUGUGUAGAAACUCGAAUUACAAAUCCUGAUAGUGUAUGUGUCAAGGGGUAUCAGUUAGAUGAGAUUGCACAGAUUUGUGUACAUGAGAAUACUAUACAACCAUUAGUUGAUUGUCCAUCGUUUACUGAACUUCAGCAAACACCAGACGGAAACCCAACUUGUGUAGGACAUAAGAGGGAUUUAGCUCAAAUUUCAUGCCCAAGUGGCUUUGAAUGGGUAGCUGAGACUUUCAAUUGCCAAACUCUGGAAUUUUCCCAACCCAGUAUUUCUUGUAUAAAAGGCUAUAAUUUAGUAAAUGACCCGAAAGGAGCAACAUGUAAAAGACAGGAAUCAAUACCUCCAACUCCUAGCUGUCCUCCAGAGUAUAGAUACGAUGAUAUCAAGAAGAUUUGCUUAUAUGAAGUAAAGCUUCAUGAUGUUAUUAAUAGAAGUAGGACUAGCUCUGUUCACUCUUCAAAUAUUAGAAGCCACUGA